UCUUGGUAACCACAGACGCAAGAAAUGGUACGAUCUUGUGUUGUUUUCAAGUGUUUUAACAGAGCUGAUGCUUGUGGCAAGGAGCAGGGAAUAAGUUUUUUUCGUUUUCCCGUAGACAAGAAAAAACGUUUAGCAUGGAUAAAGGCUGUAAACCGUGACAAGUGGACUCCGACGAAUGCUAGCUACAUUUGCUCCACACAUUUCGAGGGAGGGUGGCACAGUUAUGAUUACGAGGACGUCAAUUAUCGGCCAACAAUAUUUCAUUAUAAAGAGAAACGAUCGACACCAACAGAAAAAGCUAGGGAACAGAGGGUAUCUAAAAGAAAACUUGAACAGGAAUUUAUGGAAGCAGAGAAGGCAAAGAAAUACACAGAGGAUCAACAUAAAAUGUUUUCUGUCUUUACACACUCCUAUUGUGAAGUAUCAUCACCUGAGCAUGCAGAAACUGCUCAUAUGGAAUUUGAAACAACAGAUGAUUCAGACAUUAUUUCAUUCCAAGACAAUGAAUGCCAAACUGAACCUCUUGAGUUGAUCGAAGAAAACAAAAUACUGAAGGAGGAGCUUCAAAGGUACAAGGAACAGCUGCUUAAAUCAAGAUGGAGUACAGAGCAGAUAAAAGGCAAUGAUACAAGCACCAAAUUCUACACUGGAUUGCCAACUUUUGCAGUUUUCCUUUGGCUUUUUAGGUUUCUUAGACCAAAAGCUGAACGUAUGACCUAUUGGAGUGGAGGUAAAAGUCAGAACCAGCCUGACAGAACAAGGUCCAGCACAGGGUCAUUAAAUCUUAUUGAUCAGCUAUUUGCAGUUCUGAUGAGGAUACGGCUAGGCCUAUUUGUCCAGGAUAUAUCAGACAGAUUUGGUAUCUCAGCAGGAACUUUCUCUAAAUAUUUUUCCACUUGGAUUGCCCUCUUACAUUGUGAACUUAAAGUGUUAAAUCAUUUCCCUAGUCGCCAAGAUGUUGACAGAACAAUGCCAGACAUAUUCAAGAAAAAAUAUCCUUCUGUUCGAACAAUCAUUGACUGCACUGAAAUCUUUGUACAAAGAUCAAGCAGCCUUUUAAAUCAAAGUAUAACUUUCUCCAAUUAUAAACAUCACAACACAUUUAAAUUUCUAAUUGGUAUCACUCCAUCAGGCAUUAUAUCAUUUGUAUCUGAAGGAUGGGGUGGUAGAGUUUCAGACAGACAAAUUACCAUUGAAUCUGGAAUCUUAGAUUUGUUGCAAGAGAAUGAUAGUAUAAUGGCAGAUAAAGGGUUCACAAUUAGAGACCUUCUUCAAAAAAAAGGUUGUACACUAAACAUUCCUCCAUUCAAAGGUGUUGCAGCACAGUUUUCCACAGCUGAGGUUUUUGAAACACAAGAAAUAGCAAGACUGCGUAUACAUGUUGAAAGAUCUAUUGGACGAGUGAAAAAUUUUCACAUUUUUGAUGGAGUUCUGCCACUUUCAUUAGCACCACAGGCAUCCAAAAUCUUUCAAGUAGCUUGUUGGUUAACCAAUUUUGACGUACCUUUAGUAUCAUGACAAUAUUCAAAAUACUUGGAGACUUCUAGAACAUUAUAUUUUGUUACCAUUAAAUUGAGUAUUUGAAAGUUUCUAUAUUGACUUGUGUGUCAAUACUUUAAAUUUUGUGAGCCUCCGGUUUCGCUCCUGGUUUAAUGAGUUUUUUAUGUAUGAAUUGAUGCAUUUGUGUUUGCUCUGGUUGUUGUCUUGUGUGCCAAUAGUUUGCUUUCAAACAUGACACCCCCUAUAUGAGCAGAUGAAAGAAAUUGUCCCCCCACCACCACCACCACCACCACCACCACAAAUUCAUUACUCAUUUUCUUAUUGUCAUAUAUUGUUCCUUUUAAUUACAUUUAUCAGAUUAUAGUUAAGUACUAUUCUAUAAUAUCAAUAAAUUAUCUCCCUUGCCAACAUUGAUUUGGAGUGCUUUCUUUGUGAAUUAGCAGAUCUGAUUAAAAAACAAGAGGCCCAUGGGCCUAAACGGUCACCUGAGUC